UAGAACUCUGCGUCGUGCAGAGACAGAAAAGAAAGAAAGAGGGUUUAAGCUUAAGCACAGCAGAGUCUCUGACUGUCUGGUGGUUCAAUGGAAGCCUUGAGACCCCUAGGCGUUGGCCUCUGUACUGCUCCAAGACUCCUACUCUCACUGCCCCAUCCUCGAAAAUCCCACAAGCUCAGCCCCUCCUCCGGCGCUGGCGGUGGUUGUAGUGGUCGUAGUAGUAGACUCUCCACCACCUGCUCCGCCAGCAAAUGGGCCGACCGCCUCAUCGCCGACUUCCAAUUCCUAGCUGAACCCUCCUCCGAUCACUCUCUCUCCUCAUCCACCACCACUCUCCCUCCUCAUCCACCACCGCUCGCUCCUCCUGAAGACCGCCACGUGUCCAUCCCCCUCGACUUCUACCGCGUCCUCGGCGCUGAGUCGCAUUUCCUCGCCGAUGGCAUUAGGAGAGCCUACGAAGCUAGGGUUUCGAAGCCCCCGCCGUACAGGUUCAACGACGACGCUCUGAUCAGCAGGAGGCAAAUCCUCCAAGCCGCUUGCGAAACUUUAACGAACCCUAGCUCACGACGAGAUUACAAUCAAGGCCUCGUGGAUGACGAGCUCGGAACCAUUUUCACACAAGUCCCAUGGGACAAGGUUCCUCUGAGCGUGUUGCUAGAGGCCGGAGAGACCGAGCUAGUUAUUCAAAUUGGGGAGGGUUUGCUCAGAGAGAGGCUGCCCAAAUGGUUCAAGCAAGAUGUCGUCUUGGUGUUGGCACUGGCUUAUGUCGACAUGUCGAGGGAUGCAAUGGCAUUGGCUCCGCCGGAUUUCAUUCGGGGUUGCGAGGUGCUAGGGAGGGCUUUGAAGCUCUUGCAGGAGGAAGGGGCCAGUAGUCUUGCACCAGAUUUACAAGCACAGAUUGAUGAGACAUUGGAAGAGAUCACCCCACGUUGUGUUCUGGAACUGCUAGCUUUAUCUCUUGGUGAUGAGUACCGGUCGAGAAGGGAAGAGGGACUCCGUGGUGUACGUAACAUUUUGUGGGCUGUUGGAGGAGGGGGAGCUGCUGUUAUUGCUGGGGGAUUCACGCGUGAAGAUUUCCUGACUGAGGCAUUCUUGCGAAUGACAACAUCUGAGCAGGUCGAUUUAUAUGCAGCCACACCACCUACUGUGCCAGCAGAAUGUUUUGAAGUUUAUGGAGUGGCACUUGCACUUGUUGCACAAGCCUUUGUUGGUAAAAAACCUCAUCUCAUAAAAGAUGCUGAUAACCUGUUCCAGAAACUUCAGCAGGCUCAGGUAACAGCUCUUGAUAAUGCUGUCCUUGCCUAUUCUCCCAGAGGAAACCCUGAGGUAGACUUUGCGUUGGAGAGGGGCCUUUGUUCACUACUUGUAGAUGAACGCUUGAGGGAGAGAGACUCUCAGACGACUCUGUGUUUGAGGAAGAAGGAAGCGUAGGCUUUAGAAGGAGUU